AUGUCAGCGGAUCCCUCGGCGCUUAAAUUGUUCAGCGAUGACAUUGAGAACCGCGAGGAGGAGCAGGAUAUCGAAUCAAUUGUAAAUUUUUUAUGUUGUACUUAAUUUAUUUUGGCAAAAGGACGAAAAAUUGUCUUUUAUUACGAUGAAGGGUAGUGAUAAGUGGUGCUUUAGGAGGUCACCGACAAGGUAGAAGUCUUUUUUGAGAACCAGAAGGCCAUUGAAUGGAUAAAACGAGGCUCUUUCCAACGGGUCGCUCUCCAAUUGCCGGAUUCUUUAUUAAAGUAUGCUUAUGAAGUGGCGACGGAUAUCGAGGAGAAGUCGGGGGCAAAAAUAUAUAUUCUGGCGGACACAUCUUAUCGGAAGUAAGUUGUUUCGGCACUAAACAGUUUCCAAUAUUACUUUAGAUUUUGAUGACAUUGCUCUCUUUGUUAUCAAUUUAUUACGUAAUUACAGCUGUUGCGUUGAUGUAAUCGCUGCCGAACACUCCAAUUGUGAUGCUCUGAUCCAUUAUGGAGAAGCGUGUCUCAGCGAAAAGACCGAUAAAAUCCCAGUUUUGUAUAUUUUCUGCCGAUUACCAGUGGAUUUCCGGGAUUUCAAAGUCAAAUUUGAUCAGUAUUUGGAGAAGAACAGGACGGAAAGCACUAAAACGAUUGUUUUACUCUAUGAUUCCGUCUAUUCUCACACAUCAGAACAGUUGAAAAAGGUUUUGGAAAAGAGAAAUCUGAACAUUAUUGAGUGUAAAACGGUCGGUGAAGUGGUAGAAGAUGAAGAUGUUCAUCUGGGAAGACGGAUAGACAAGAACAUACAAGAAGAGGAGAGUCUUUUGGUGUUUGUUGGACAAAGAGAGAGCGCGUUGCUUCCAAUUUGGCUGAUGACUUUCCCAAAAUACAACAAAAUUGUGUGGUAUCAGCCAAAGGAGAAGGUUUUGGAGAAGGAAAUGUAGGUCAUGAGAUUAGCAUUUUCACAAAGUGCCUGGACAUCUUUUCGCUUUCGCACAGUGCAUCUUGAAUUUUUGUCGCCAACGCACUGUGGAUUUUUGUCUUUGCGCACUGUGCAAACCUCAAAAAAGCCGAUUGCACUGUGCACAUUUUUGAACAAGACAGCGGCCGCGCAGUUGAGAAAAGCUUACGUCGCAGCGACAAAAAAUGUUUCAAAUGCACAGUGCAAAACCAAAAAAAAGGUGAGUGCACGGUGCAAAAAAUCGGGGGUUUUUGUGCACGGUGCGGAGCGCGACAAAUAUCCAGGCACUUUGGGAAAAUGCUAAUAGGUUGUUUUGAGGUUACAAAAAAGGAUAGGAACUGAUGGGGAAGAAAUUAUAUUCUCCAGGACCAGAGUUUAUAUUGCCCAUCAUAAAAUCAUUGCACUUGUAGAUCAACUGCCUACAGACAACUCCGAAAACGCAUGUAUCUGAUAGAACGACUCAAGGACGCCAAGACAAUAGGACUCGUGAUUGGAACGCUGGGCACAAAGAAUGGCCCCGAGGCGAUUAAAAGAGUCCGCCGGUUGUGUGAGGCCGCGCAGAAGAAACUCUACGUUUUUGCGAUCGGAAAGUUGAACGAAGCGAAACUGUCCAACUUUUCUGGAGACAUCGACGCGUUCAUCUUACUCAGCUGUCCAUUGGGGGUCCUCCUAGACGCGAACGAAUUCCUCAAGCCUAUCUUAAGUUUGUUCGAGGCUGAAAUAGCGUUGAAUCCAGCGAGUCCUGAUUGGUUUGCGGAUGCCGGUUGGACCGCAGAGUAUUCUAAUUUGUUGGAGAGUAGGUUUUACGUUUCAAAAAAUUGUUUUCCUACUGUUAGUUAAGAUCAAGUGCAAUAUAAUUCCUUUCAGACCCAAUCGAACCCUCAAAAUUGACGGACAGGGAGACUGAUGUGAGUCUGAUCAGCGGCAGAAUUCGAAAUCUUCAAACGCAAACAGAAGAAAACGACAAAAAAGAAAUUGUUUUGCAUUCAGCCGGAGAUUACUUUAUGAAUCGAACCUGGAAAGGCCUCGACGAUGAAUGUGGCCAAGAGUCGACGGAACUUAAACAGGGCCUAAAAGGAGUCGCUAUGGGCUAUAAAACAGAACCCGGAGACAAAAAGGAGUAG